AUGUUCAAGUAUGUUGUGGACAUGCAAAAAGGACGGUUUGCUAAAGAUGGGCUCAUUCAGUACCGGAUAAUAUGUCAGCAAGUGAAUGUUAGUUCAUUGGAGGAGGUUAUUAAACACUUUGUGCACCUUUCAACUGAGAAAGCUGAACAAGCCCUUCAUCGAGCUUUUCAGUUCUGUAAGCAAUAUAAACGAACAACAGAGUUUUGCAGACUAUGUGAAAUCAUAAGAAACCAUUUGGCUAAUCUCAAUAAAUACUGCGACCAACAUGACAGGCCUGAUCUUUCAGCUCCUGAAAGGUUACAAUUCUAUCUUGAUACUAGGGUUGAGCAGCUGAAAAUUGCCACUGAACUUGAACUUUGGCAGGAAGCCUUUAGAUCAGUGGAGGAUAUCCAUGGACUGAUGUGCUUGGUCAAGAAAACGCCUAAGCCAUCUUUGAUGGUUGUUUACUAUGUGAAGCUGACAGAAAUAUUUUGGAUAUCAUCAAGUCAUCUAUAUCAUGCAUAUGCAUGGUUCAGGCUCUUUUUAUUGCAGAAAAGCUUCAAUAAAAAUCUGAGUCAAAAGGAUUUGCAAUUAAUAGCAUCAUCUGUUAUUCUAACUGCACUGUUAGUGCCUCCUCAUGAUCGUACCUAUGGUGCAUCCCAUUUGGAACUGGAGCCCAAAAAAGAGAGAAAUUUGAGGAUGGAUAAUCUCAUUGGCUUUAAUCUUGAAACUAAACCUGAAAGCAAAGAAAAGACUCCUCUAAAUCUUGUAUCUGCCAUGAAAGGUAGCCGAGAGAAACAUGGGGGACCACACGCGAAACUGCAUGUGAAAUGGGCGCAUGAUGUGUAUGAUCCAAUACCUACAUUAUUAUCACACACUGUCAAAAGCAACAAGAAGCAACGAAAAUCCAGGAAGAAGAAACCUGAAAAGAAGAAUGGAAAGAAGGGUAAAAAGGGAAAUUCAUCUCAAGGGGACAACAACAAAGAUCAACAGUUUCGCAAGCUAGGUGGAAUUUCUGGUUUGUGCUACAAGUCGAUGGAUUCUUGUGAUCCAGUGCUUGUAGCUUCUUCUGAAUUAGAUGCUCUUGAUGUUCUUAACCAGGAUUGGUAUUGUGGAACUAGCUUCUUGAAAAAAUCAGUUACAGAAGUGCACUAUUCAGUUGCAGAAGCGUUAUGA